AUGUUUAAAGGGCAACGCUGGGGGUCCAAAGCCCAGGAGGGGAGGCGGUGUGGGAGGCAAAGGGAUGCCAAGCACGACCACGUGCCGAGCUCUUGGCCAGAGGCGAGGGAGGAUGCCUCGGGGUGUCCCGAUGUGCCUGCGAGGGAGUGCAAGGAGGGCGGACAAUCCAUUGCCAAACCUGCAGUGAUCUUCAAGUUGGAACAAGGAGGAGAUCCAUGUACAUUAGAAGAAUUUUCCACCUUGAGCCUCCCAGGAGAGAAGCCCUAUGAGUAUAAACAAUGUAAGAAAACGUUUUCCCAGAAUUCAGACCUCACUGUUCAUCAGAGGAGUCAUAUAGAAGAGAAAUCCUAUGAAAAUAAAAUAUGUGGGAAUAUGUUCUACAAGAAGCCACACUUCACUCUACAUCAGAGAACUCACACUGGAGAGAAAUCCUAUGAAUGUGGAGAAUGUGGAAAAUUUUUCAGUUCCAAGCCAAUCUUGAGUAGACAUUGGAAAAUUCACACAGGAGAGAAACCCUAUGAAUGUGAACAAUGUAGGAAAAUGUUUUCCCGGAAAUCACAGCUCACUGAGCAUCAGAGAACUCACACAGGAGAAAAAGCCUUUGAAUGUGAACAGUGUGGGAAAAGAUUCUCCAGCAAGGGGUACAUCACUGUACAUAGGAAAACUCACACAGGAGAGAAGCCCUAUGAAUGUGAACAAUGUGGGAAAAUGUUCUCCCGCAAGUCAUAUCUCACUAAGCAUUGGAGAACACACACAGCAGAAAAACCUUAUGAAUGUGAACAAUGUAGAAAAAUGUUCUCUUGCAGGUCAUAUCUCACUAGGCAUUGGAGAACACACACAGGAGAAAAAUCCUAUGAAUGUAAACAGUGUAAUAAAAUGUUCUCCCAGAAGUCAUAUCUCACUGCCCAUAGUAGAACUCAUACAGGAAAGAAGCCCUAUGAAUGUGAACAAUGUGGAAGAAAGUUCUCCCAGAAGUCUCACCUCACUGAGCAUCAGAGAACUCACACAGGAGUAAAAGCCUUUGAAUGUGAACAGUGUGGGAAAAGAUUCUCCAGCAAGGGGUACAUCACUGUACAUAAGAAAACUCACACAGGAGAGAAACCCUAUGAAUGUGAACAAUGUGGGAAAAUGUUCUCCUGCAAGUCAUAUCUCACUAAGCAUUGGAGAACACACACAGGAGAAAAAUCCUAUGAAUGUGAACAAUGUAAUAAAAUGUUCUCCCAGAAGUCACAUCUCACUGUCCAUAGAAGAACUCAUACAGGAAAGAAACCCUAUGAAUGUGAGCAAUGUUGAAGAAAGUUCUCCCAGAGGGCACACCUCACUGUACAUCAGAGAACUCAACACAGAAGAGAAACCCUAUGAUUGUGAAGAAUUAAUACAAC